UGCGAUUAGAUUAUGUCCAUACGAUACAAGCCAAUAUACUGCAAGUAACUAGGUAAGACUCAGAUAUACAAUCACGAUGGACGACUCAAAUGAGCCGCUAGAUGUCUUCGGAGUACACUUCCGACAUGAAUACUUCAUAGAGCUUCUUGCUCAACGCAGAUCCGAUAGCACGAACCCCACCCUCCGCACCGCCAACGCCUUUCAGCAUCUGAUUCGCCUCGGUGAUCUUUCUCUUGUUGCGCCCCUUGGAGGGGCCCCCGGCCAAGGCCUCUUCGCGUCGCUCCAGAGCCUCGACCUGCUCCGCUUCCUUCAGGGCUUCCCAAAACAGCCGAGGGGUGGGCCAUCGCUCAAUCACCGCCCCCACCUUCUCUGCACUCAUACCUUUAACACACAACAGCAUCCUGGCCCAUGUAUCCCGCACAGUCGUGAACCCAGACUUGGAGUUGAGUGUCUGAAAGUCUCUGAGCGAGGUCACGAAUGCCGUUUGAUCAUGUACGACGGAAUGACAUGCAGAUCCUUCAUCUAGACGGCGGUCAAUCACUGCCCAGAUCCAGUUGCCCUACGGACCUGGUGGGCACGAAUCAGCUGCUCGGUCAGCCCAGUGAGGUAUUCAAUAGUAUCGUCAUGGCUCUUGGUCUCCUUCACGAGAAAGCCAUCGACCACUUGAGUCGACGAUAACGCUGUGUUGAUCUGAACCCCCCAGUUUUC